CAGCCGUGUGUCAGGCCAUGUGGCCCUUCCUCUCUGGUUUGUUUUGGGGGCAUUCCUGGGUGCUCUUCUGGGGCCAUCCCACACGGGGAUGCACCCGGCCCCGUGCAGCGUCCCCUGCCUGUGGCCUGCUCCGAGCUGGAGCCCUGAGGUCUGCUCCGGAAGCAGGAAGCGUGGCCCACCUUUCUGCGGACAGCUCAUCACUUCGGGAUCGAGGGGACUUCUGGCGUCACUGUGUCUGUAAGACGUUGCGUCGGGGCGCUGGGCAGUGCGGCCCUUUGAUGCUACCAUUUGCCUAGUGGCCAGCAACGUUUUUGUCUUGGCCUUUCAUCUUUCCUCACUCACCUGUAGCUUUAGGAAUAUCUUUUCUCUUAAACUUCACCCCGAUCACUUGCUUCUUUCUCACCGUCUCGCGUCGCUGGUUAACGUGCAGGAAUACGGACGUGCUUCAGUCCUCAUUCCGUGGCCUGAGACCUCCUGAAUCCCCGUGCUUAGCUGUGUUUCCGCUGGCCCUCAGGUGUCCCCUUUGGUCUCUCCGUGCUCAGCCGACUCUGUGAGUGGACGGAGUGCAGAGUGGCCCUGCUUGGUUCUGGGUCUCCGAGGGGAAACUCCGGCCUUGCCACUGGCUGGCGCCUCCACAGUGUCCUUCACCGGGGGACGGGGGACGCCUGAGCAAUGUGUUGAGAUGUUUUGUUGGAUUUUGCGGCUUCCCUCUGGCUUUCUGAUCCCCCGGGUGUCGCUGUGCUGGGUCCCUGCCUCCCGCCCUUUCUGCGUCCCAAGCCUGGUGCCGCAGGCCGCGUUCUUCCUGCCAGGGCCGUUUGCACCCAGGUCGUGAGGAGUGUUGGUCCCGCCCAGGAAGUGGGUUUCAGAGCCAUUUCUUCAGGGUUGUGGAACUGCGUCUCCUGCAGGUCAUGCUUUGACUGUCCGGUUUGCCGGCCCCCGGGAGCCGGCUGGAGUCCCACCUUCGCCUUCGCCACGUUUCACAGCUUGCUGUCGAAUCUCAUUUCUGUUUGGAGUUGUUAACUUGUGCGGGAUUUUCAUUCUUAUCUUCGCCAAGUGCUCGGGAGUCCUGUGUUGGCCGGCUGAACGUGUACCUGACGGGCAUGGACCCCUUCUACUUCCACGCCGUGAACGUGGUGCUGCACUGGCUGGCCAGCGUGGCGCUCAUGCACGCCUGCGACACGGCCGUCUUCAGGGACCCCGCACGCGCCUUCCUCGCCGCCCUGCUCUUCGCCGUGCACCCCGUGCACACGGAGGCGGUGGCGGGGAUCGUCGGCCGGGCGGACGUGCUGGCCUGCCUGCUCUUCCUGCUCGCCUUCCUCUCCUACGACAGGGGUGUGGCCGGCGCGUCGCCCGGCUGCCUGCUGCUCAGCCUGUGGCUGGGCACGUGCGCCAUGCUGGUGAAGGAGACGGGCAUCACUGUGUUCGGCGUCUGCUUGCUACACGACCUCUUCUCGCUGGCCCACACACACCAGGAGCCAGCCCCGGCGGGCGGCGCCCGGAGUCCCCUGCUCGCCCUCAGGCCGUUCCUCAAGAGGGCCGCGCUGGUCGUGAGCUACGUGACCGUCCUGCUGGGCCUGCGGCUGUGGAUCAUGGGGGGCUCCCUGCCGCUCUUCUCGGAGCAGGACAACCCCGCGUCCUUCUCGCCUUACCUCCUCACCAGGUUCCUCACCUACUGCUACCUCCUGGCCUUCAACGCGUGGCUGCUGCUGGCGCCCGUCACGCUGUGCUACGACUGGCAGGUGGGCAGCAUCCCGCUGGUGGAGAGCCUGUGGGACGCGCGCAACCUGGCCAGCCUGCUGCUGGCCCUGGCGCUGGGCGCGCUCGGCCUGCACUGCCUGGCAGCCUGCAAGAGGCUGGAGCACAGGGAGACGCUGCUGGGCCUCCUCUUCCUCGUCCUGCCCUUCCUCCCGGCCAGCAACCUCUUCUUCAGGGUGGGCUUCGUGGUGGCCGAGCGGGUGCUGUACAUGCCCAGCAUGGGCUACUGCAUCCUGCUGGUGCACGGGCUGAGCAGGCUGAGCGCGGGGCUGCCGAGGGCCGGGGCCGCCCUCACCGUGUGCACGCUGCUGCUGCUGCUGCUGUUCUCCUGGAAGACGGUGAAGCAGAACGAGGUCUGGCUGUCCCGGGAGGCCCUCUUCAGGUCCGGUGUCCAGACGCUGCCCCACAAUGCCAAGGUCCACUACAAUUACGCCAACUUCCUGAAGGACCAAGGCCGUGACCGGGAGGCCGUCCACCACUACCAGACUGCCCUCAGGCUGUACCCGCGCCAUGCCAGCGCCCUGAACAACCUCGGCACGCUGACCAAAGACGCCGUGCAGGCCCAGGCCUACUACCAGCGGGCGCUGAGGCUGAACCCGCAGCACCACCGCGCACUCUUCAACCUGGGCAACCUGCUCAGGGCCCAGGACCGCGGCGAGGAGGCCGUGGCCUUGCUGAGGGAAUCCAUCAAGCACGGCCCCGAGUUCGCAGACGCCUACUCCAGCCUGGCGUCCCUGCUGGCCGACCAGGACAGGCUGCAGGAGGCCGAGGAGGUGUACCAGGCUGGCAUCAGCAGCUGCCCCGACAGCUCGGACCUGCACAACAACUACGGGGUCUUCCUGGUGGACACGGGCGCCCCCGAGAAGGCCGUGGCCCACUACCAGCAGGCCAUCGAGCUGAGCCCGGGCCACCACGUGGCCAUGGUCAACCUGGGCCGGCUGCACCGGUCACUGGGGGACAACGAGGCCGCCGAGGAGUGGUACAAGCGCGCCCUGCGGGUGACCCGCCGGGCCGAGAUCCUGUCGCCCUUGGGGGCCCUGUACUACAACACGGGCCGCCACGAGGACGCGCUGCGCGUGUACCGGGAGGCCGUGGGCCUGGAGCCUGCCCAGCGGGAGCCGCGCCUGGCGCUGGCGCAGGUGCUGGCGGCCACGGGCCAGGCGGACGAGGCGGAGCAGCUGACGCGCCAGCUGGAGGCGGAGCAGCCGGGCUGCGUGGAGUGUUUCCGCCUGCUCUCGGCCAUCUACGGCCGCCAGGAGCGCCACGACAAGGCCCUGGACGCCAUUGACAGGGCUCUGCAGCUGCGGCCGCAGGACCCCAAGGUCACGUCCGAGCUGUUCUUCACCCGGGGCAACCAGCUGCGGGAGCAGAACCUCCUGGACAAGGCGUUUGAGAGCUACAAGGCGGCCGUGGAGCUGAACCCGGAGCAGGCCCAGGCCUGGAUGAACAUGGGCGGGAUCCAGCACAUCCAGGGCGACUACGUGGCCGCCCGGGCCUUCUACGGCCGGGCCCUGCGGCUGGUGCCCCACAGCCGCCUGCUGCGGGAGAACCUGGCCAAGCUGGACCGUCUGGAGAAGCGGCUGCAGGAGGCCGGAGACAAGGAGGACACGUAGCUGCCCGCCCAGAGAGGGCGCUGCGCCCGCCCAGCGGCCCGAACGCCGCGUCUCCCCUGAGAAGCCAAAGAAGAGUGGCCGGGCCGGCCGCGGGCGGAGGAGACGCCGUCUCGGGCCGCCCUCCUGCUCCGGCUCCCGGACGUCCACCCCAGGAGCACGGACGCCCCAACGGCUGUGAGGCCGAGGCGGCCUGGGGCGGGGGCAUGAGUGUCAGGGCUGGGGCUCGGGUCAUUCUCCACGGCCAGAAAUGAGUCGCGAGUAGCUGCCGGGGAACCUUCUGGAACGUGUGUGGGAAAGGUUCUGCCUCCAGGACCUCUGACUUGAUCCCCGUGAGGACUCGGUGUGAACCCCGGCGAGUCCCCAUGCCGCCUCACAGCAGGUUUUCCUGCCCGCCCCAACCCCCGUUACCCUCACGGAAGCUUCUAGAAUUGGGCGGCUCCCCUUGCCCCUCGGGGAAAAUCAAGGAUCCGGGUAACCCCUCAUUCAGUACGGGAAUCUUGGGAGUGCUUCGGUCACAGGUGUCUCCAGAGUGACGCCUGUGCCCUGAGGUUUCAAAAGUGCUUUUAAAAAUCAUGACGAUUUCUGCCUCCGAAUAUAGAGCUAUUUUGGUGGGGAAGAGCAUAAUAUAUUCUACGUGAGAAGUGUUCAAGAUAUUAACCGAGAGAAAUGUUCUACUUUAUUAUCUAUCCAGACAUCCCGAGGUUAUUUUUUUGAAAAGUAUAAAUCGAAGCAUUCCGGAUGCUUCCUGCUUUAUCUCAGAAGUCAGACGCCCCCGGGCUGCUGGGUGAGGGCCGAGCGCUCUGGGACCCUCCACGGUCAUUCCGGAGAUGCUCGGAGACCGCGCAGAGACCCUGGGGGGGAGAUUCCUAUUUUUAAAGCUAUAUAUUUGUAUGGAGAGGACAGGAAAGGCAGAGUUGCACUUACAUUUGAGGAUUGUUUUAUGUUAUUUAUUUCAUAAUUUAUUAGAUAUUUAAUACACAUGACACUUUGGGUCUCCAUCCAUGGUGAUGUGGCAGCUUCGAGCCGGGGCAUGGGACAUGCCAGCCCGUGUGCAGCGUGUCCGAGCUGGACGGUCCUGGGGCACUGGACACACCAGCCCCCGCUCAGCGCGUCCGAGCUGUUCCCUCCCGCGGUGGAAGGCCACUCCCUCCUGCUGAGGCCGUGGGUGCGGGUCCAUCCGGGCCCAGCCCGCAGCCUUAGCAGGACCCAGGCCGCCCUCCGUUCAGUAUCCACUCCCGAACUCCUCUCGGGCGGCCCCUGCGAAGGGCCCAGCCCGCGUGGAAGCAGUUGUGCCUGACCGGGGCCCGCCCACCCGGCCCCUCUUUGGACAUCAGAAGUGAGCACUGUUGCCGGGUCGUGUCUUUGUCCCGAGUUAACACCGUCUCUGAGACGCGUCUGUGAAGCUGUCCUGGCUCCGUGGUGCCUAGAAGGAAAUAAAUCACCUAAUUUUGCAGA